ACACGAAUGGAAGAAUCUCCUUCACCCCCACAUAGAUCACCAACGGGGACGUCUCCACAGCACAUGAUAGGCUACAUGAAUAGUAUCAGCCCACAACAUAUGGGCAGCCCGGCACACAUGGGAUCCCCAGCUCAUAUGGGCUCUCCUGCACACAUGGGCUCUCCUGCUCACAUGGGUAGCCCGGCUCAAAUGGUACCUCAGAGCCCACAGCAUAUCCCUAGUCCACAUCACAUGACGAGUCCACAUCAUGUCCCUAGUCCGCAGAAUAUGAUGGGUCACCAUGUGACUAGUCCACAGCACAACACCAUGUACAAUCCACAGUCGCCUCCACAGUAUAAUAUGGGUGGAUAUAACAAUGGUCAAUCUAUGGACAUGUUAGAUAAUGGUGGAAUGAGGUUUGACUCUCAACCACUACCACCAACUGGGGGCAAUGCAGGUCGUAUCAUGGCAGGCGGUAUGUGUAUCAGAAAUGGUUGUGGAAAUAGGGCAAUAGACAACAUAGGCUGGGACAGUGAGUACUGCAGCAACGAAUGUGUCGUCUCACAUUGCAGAGAUGUGUUCACAGCCUGGGUUGCAAACCGUCAGGUUCCUUCUAACGCAUUUGCUGUGAAGUGAUUCCUGAACUCGAGGCAGCUGUCAUUCUAUGUGAGACAUUCCCACUGACUCAAGGGUUGAAUGCAGUGUACGUCAUUGUGGCAUAGAAAUGAUAUUAAGAGCAGGAUGUUUUGUUUCUGACAGCAGUACAUGAGAAGUACACAUGCUGAAAUCUUCAAAGAGUAUUUGAAAUGAAGAAAAGUUUCAUUGAAAAUUUUCUCGCAUCGGUGUUUCAUCUGGAAAUUCUACCUUAUUUUUGCAUACAGUUUUGCCUGAUUCAGAUAAUAAUAUUAUAUUUAAAAUAAAAUCAUGUACUAAUGAAGUGUCUGACUGUUAAAAACAGUACUUCAGAUCUUUCAGAUCAUGAUGUUGAAUUUUGAUU